AUGGUUGCCUUGUUUCCAAUCGGCUGCAUCAUCAAAUACCCCCUCAAUCUUUUCAUUCCUCAUUUCGAAGGAGAUGUUGACCUCCUCAGACGAGGCGAACAUUCUGUCAAGAUUGCUCAAGAAACGAAUGAGUCCCCCCAGCGGUUGAUUGGGCUGGGCUUGUGGACCCCAAGCGUUCAAGUUCAAGAUAACCGAGAUCCCGGGGAAAGUGAUUCGGAAAAGAGCAUAGACGAUACCGACAAAGAGGAAAUUGACAGCGAUAGCGACGAAAUAGGUAACUGUAGUGCAAGGUCCUAUACCGAUAACAAUAAGGGCGAAAACGCGAGUGACUUUGGCAAUACCCCAUACUCCUACGAAGGCGACGAAGGCGACGAAGACGACGGAGACGACGAAGACGACGAAGACGACGAAGACGACGAAGACGACGAAGACGAAGGCGACGAAGACGAAGGCAACGAAGACGAAGGCAACGAAGACGACGAAGAUAAGGACGAGGACGAGGAAUCUGUUUACCCGCCCUCUAAUUACUCCGAAGGUUCUUUCAACUUAGAACCCUCCUGGCCACUGACCCGCCACAUCACCAUUUCUCGAGAUCAAACGCAUGCCAGCUCUUUCAGAAAAGAUCUACUUGCCGCGCUCGACCGAGAAGGAGACCCGCAAGAACUAGACUUCCUCAUCGAUUCGGCGACCGAAAAAGAACAGGAAGAAGAUAAAAUUGUAGGGAAUUGCUCUUGGUUCAACGCCCUACAAGAACAGAAGAAGGUAUUCAUGUUUGUGCAUGACCGGAAUAGGAAAAUGAUGCUGGCGGCCAUUCAGGAAGAUGAAAUAGUGCACGGAUCCUCGACUGAGCUUGGUCCAGCGCAGCUUGUACCUGCUUUUGGAGUUGAACAUGAGACCGGGAACGACAAGGAACCUGCCAACCCCGAAGCAUCAAUCAACUUUGUUCAGAUCUCCCAGCUGGAGCAAGAGAUCCAAAGGUUGCGAAUGCUACAAAAUUCGCUCAAGUCUACCACCUGGCUUGUCUUACACAAGAUAGAUUGCGAAUCUACCACCUACCUUGCAAAACCCCGUUGGACCCUGAAUCAAGGGCCGCCACUCUAUCUCAAAGGGAACUCCCCGCUAGCCAACGAAAUUGAGUAUCUCAAGCAUAGGUCUGACGUUGCAUUUGUGGUAAACAGACACUAUAAGUCUGGGUUCCAGUCAAACGAUGUCAAAAAAGCGAUGGAAGAGGGAUCAACAAUGCCCGACCCGAGACCGGUCAUGGAAGAAAUUCAACCUCGUUCUAAGCAGAUGAUUGCCGCACUAGACAAAUUUGUUUCCUCCCAUCCAACAUUUAAGGAGAAGUUCCCAGACUGGAGGUCUUAUAACCCUAUCGAUUCACCCUUUCUAUUCUGGUAUUGCUACCGAUCUUCAGGUGUUCUUGAGGGCAUGGCAGAGCCUCACAAGAAGCAGAUGCUACUUCUUGCAAAGUGGAUUGAUGGAAACUACAGCGACAUACACGCUGGAGUCCAGAGUAAGUUCUCGGCGGGUUAUGUAUCCGAAUCAACAAUGCCGUUCUUCGUACAACCUGGAGAAGUAUUGCUAUCAAAGAAUGAGAAAGGCUUCCAGGGGCAUAUCGCUGAGUCGUGGCCAAACAAAGAGUCGAGCACCUUUGGUUCACCACCCGAGUAUUCCAACGAACCUCGAAGGAUUACACAACGCUGGUCUGUUAAUGUUUGGAGCUAUAAGUACGAUGGAAAGUUCUAUCGUAGCCACAGUACCCUCUACAUCAAUCUUGAGUUCGAUGAACAGAAUCCAGAUGUCAGUAUAGAAAAGCUGAGCAUCCUGCCCAUGAGAUUUGGGAACGAUGAGUUUCGUACAAAGCUCGACCGUCGCGCGCGGACUAUGUGGGCUUGCAGGAAAAGGAAUCUAAUCGCCUACAAAGAGAAUUCUGAGAGUGAUCUCGCUAAAGAGGGAGAGAGAUACAUGAUCGAUUUCAACACAUACAAACAACUACACUCAGACUCGAACAAAUUCAAGACGACGUAUCUGUCGCUAACGAGCACAGAUCGCAAAGAAAUGGAGGCAAAAAUUAUGGAAUGCGAUGAUCCGCCCCAGGGCCCUGAGCUGUUUGUCUUCCCUAGCACGAUUGUCGGCUAUAACCUUCGACAGAAGAAAUGGCAGGACCUUCAGAUCGAUCUCAUGCAGAAGGUGGACUGGAAUAAGCAAGCUUUCAGACACUUGGUCAUUGACCAAGAGAUCAAGGACAUCAUACAAGCUCUUGUCACCAGCAAGUUACAAACGGAUCAGACGACAGACCUUAUCCAGGGAAAAGGAAACGGGCUAAUCAUCCUAUUACAUGGAGGACCAGGCACAGGCAAGACCUUUACUGCCGAGAGUGUGGCAGAGCUAGCUGAGAAGCCUCUCUUUCGCGUAACUUGUGGUGAUAUUGGCACGAAGCCUGAAGAGGUCGAGAAGUAUCUUGAGUCGGUCUUACAUCUCGGUAAGAUCUGGGGUUGUGUCGUCUUACUUGAUGAGGCCGAUGUCUUCCUGGAGCAACGUACUCUUACAGAUCUUGAGCGUAAUGCUCUAGUUUCUGUGUUCCUCAGGGUCCUUGAGUACUAUGAAGGAAUCUUAAUUCUCACCUCCAACAGGGUUGGCACGUUUGACGAAGCUUUCAAAUCUCGGAUUCAACUAUCACUCCAUUAUGAGAGUUUGACGAAAUCCCAACGGCGUACCAUCUGGGAGAACUUUCUCAAUCGACUCAACAACCUUGAGAAUGAGAAUUUAUCUGUUGGUCCCAUUGAGGGACGGAAGCGCAAGUUCGAAGAGAGUAAGGAAAUCAAUUUUGAUGAGAUUGAACGCCACUUGGCGGAUCUGGCAGAGGAGCAAAUGAACGGACGACAAAUUCGCAAUGCGAUCACGACGGCGCGACAACUUGCCAGGUUCAAGAAUGAAAGCAUGACGUAUCGGCACUUAGAGCAUGUUAUUAGGAUCUCAAGGAAAUUCGAUAAGUAUUUGGAGAAAGUCAGGGAUAGUUACACUGAUGAUCAAGUGGCAAGGGAGGAUGGUCUUCGAUAA